AACUGUUUGGUCAUCUCUACCAGUCUGGUCACUAAGUUACUGUUUGGACAUCAAGAGGUACGGUGUAGGAAUGUGUAGGUUAAUGGUUUAUUUAAUGCCUGCUGGUAGGUGGUAGGACCGUGUAUAGGUCUAUUGUUUAAAGGCAGCCAGGUAGGGUGUAGUGAGACAAUGUAUAGGUCUAUUGUUUAAAGGCAGCCAGGUAGGGUGUAGUGAGACCGUGUAUAGGUCUUUUGUUUAAAGGCAGUCAGGUAUGGUGUAGUGAGACCAUGCAUAGGCUUAUUGUUUAAAGGCAGCCAGGUAGGGUGUAGUGAGACCGUGAAUAGGUCUAUUGUUUAAAGGCAGCCAGGUAAGGUGUAGUGAGACCGUGAAUAGGUCUAUUGUUUAAAGGCAGCCAGGUAGGGUGUAGUGAGACCAUGCAUAGGCUUAUUGUUUAAAGGCAGCCAGGUAGGGUGUAGUGAGACCGUGAAUAGGUCUAUUGUUUAAAGGCAGCCAGGUAAGGUGUAGUGAGACCGUAUAUAGGUCUAUUGUUUAAAGGCAGCCAGGUAGGGUGUAGUGAGACCAUGCAUAGUUCUAUUGUUCAAAGAAUGCCAGGUAGGGCGUAGUGAGACCAUGUAUAGGUCUAUUGUUUAACGGCAGCCAUGUAGGGUGUAGUGAGACCAUGUAUAGGUCUGAUGGUUAAAGGCAGCCAGGUGGGGUUUAGUGAGACCGUUUAUAGGCUUAUUGUUUAAAGGCAGCCAGGUAGGGUGUAAUGAGACCGUGCAUAGGUCUAUUAUUUAAAGGCAGCCGGGUAGGGUGUAUUGAGACCAUGUAUAGGUCUAUUAUUUAAAGGCACGCAGGUAGGGUGUAGUGAGACCGUGUAUAGGUCUAUUGUUUAAAGGCAGCCAGGUAGGGUGUAGUGUGACUAUGUAUGGGUCUAUUAUUUAAAGGCAGCCAGGUAGGGUGUAGUGAGACCGUGUAUAGGUCUAUUGUUUAAAGGCAGCCAGGUAGGGUGUAGUAAGACCGUGUAUAGGUCUAUUGUUUAAAGGCAGCCAGGUAGGGUGUAGUGAGACCAUGCAUAGCUUAUAGUUUAAAGGCAGCCAUGUAGGGUGUAGUGAGACCGUGUAUAGGUCUUUUGUUUAAAGGCAGCCAGGUAGGGUUUAGUGAGACCGUGUAUAGGUCUAUUGUUUAAAGGCAGCCAGGUAUUGUGUAGUAAGACCGUGUAUAGGUCUAUUGGUUAAAGGCAGCCAGGUAGGGUUUAGUGAGACCGUGUAUAGGUCUAAUGUUUAAAGGCAGCCAGGUAGGGUGUAGUGGGGCCGUGUAUAGGUCUAUUGUUUAAAGGCAGCCAGGUAGGGUUUAGUGAGACCGUGUAUAGGUCUAUUGUUUAAAGGCAGCCAGGUAGGGUUUAGUGAGACCGUGUAUAGGUCUAUUGUUUUAAGGCAGCCAGGUAGGGUGUAGUGAGACCAUGUAUAGUCUUAUUAUUUAAAGGCAGCCAGGUAGGGUGUAGCGAGACCAUGUAUAGGUCUAUUAUUUGAAGGCAGGCAGGUAGGGUGUAGUGAGACCAUGUAUAGGCUUAUUGUUUAAAGGCAGCCAGGUAGGGUGUAGUGAGACCAUGUAUAGGCUUAUUGUUUAAAGGCAGCCAGGUAGGGUGUAGUGAGACCAUGUAUAGGUCUAUUAUUUAAAGGCAGCCAGGUAGGGUGUAGUGAGACCGUUUAUAGGUCUAUUGUUUAAAGGCAGCCAGGUAGGGUGUAGUGAGACCAUAUAUAGGCUUAUUGUUUAAAGGCAGUCAGGUAGGGUGUAGUGAGACCAUGUAUAGGUCUAUUGUUUGAAGGCAGCCAGGUAGGGUGUAGUGAGAUCGUGUAUAGGUCUUUUGUUUAAAGGCAGCCAGGUACGAAGUAGUGGGGCCAUGUGUAGCUCUAUUUUUUAAAGGCAGCCAGGUAGGGUGUAGUUAGACCAUGUAUAGGUCUAUUAUUUAAAGGCAGCCAGGUAGAGUGUAGUGAGACCAUGUAUAGACGUAUAGUUUAAAAGCUUUCAGGUAAAGUGCAGGACUGUCUGCAUCAGUCUUUCAAUACCGGCCUCAUAGCAUCAGUCUUUCAAUACCGGCUUCAUGGCAUUAGUUUUCACUACCAGCCUCAUAGCAUCAGUCUUUCAAUACCGGCUUCAUGGCAUUAGUUUUCACUACCGGAGUAAUAGCAUGAGUUUUUCACUAACGGCCUCAUAGCAUCAGUCUUUCAAUUUUGGGCUCAUAGCAUCAGUCUUUCACUACCUGAGUCAAAGCUUGAAUCUUUCACUACCGGCUUCAUAUCAUAGGGAUGUUCUAAGACAGGAGACACGUACAGUUAUAUGCAUGGCGAUGUUUAAAUCAUGACACACGUACACUCGCAUACAGGGUGAUAUGUUAAGUUAGAUCAACUUACAAGGGCAGACACUCAACCACAGAACGUGGCGAUAUUGAAAGACAAAUUUAUGAAGAGAGAUAACACAGACCUGCAAAAAAACCUAUUAUAUUUGAUGUUCAAAUUUUUUCAAAGAAAAAAGGGCAGCAGAUGCUCGCAUUGUUAUGCUCAAUUUUUACUUCGAGGUGCAUUUACGGUUGUACUUAAAAGACCAACAUCUGACCGGUAUGAAAGGAGAUAAUAAUGUUGGUUUUGGACUUAUUUGUUGUUAAAAUAUUAUAGCCGUAUACAGCCUUUUCAAUCAGCCUUCUAAUACAGCAUUCCUAUUCAGCCUUUUCAUACAUUUUUCUAAAACAGCAUUCCUAUAAAGCCUACUCAUACAGACUUGUUCAAACAUUCUCUUGUCUCACAGCUGCCAUCAUGAUGCUCCUAGUUCUCUCGUGUUUCGCCCUGGCCUAUGGCUCCGUGGAAGCCCUCGUACCGGGCGGGCCCAUAGACAGACCGGAUCUGUUGAACGGCACAAACAUCUUCGUCCAGAAAGCCCUCGAUGCCAUCAAUCAAUACAAUGUCAAAAGCGCUGACGUCCCCUGGACGUUGGUAAAAGUGACCAGUGCAACAUCUCAGGUAUAUCACAGUAUUAGCUAGGUCUGAGGGGAAGGAAUUAACAAUUCAGGCCAAAGCCCAACAUGGGCUGUAGCGACACAGUAAUGGAUGAAUGGUCUGAGUGGAAGGAAGUAACAAUUCAGGUCAAAGCCCAACAUGGGCUGUAGCGACACAGGAAUGGAUGAAUGGUCUGAGUGGAAGGAAUUAACAAUUCAGACCAAAGCCCUACAUGGGCUGUAGCGACACAGGGAUGGAUGGUUGCAUGUCUCAGUCAGGGUGAACUGUGUACAGGGUGUUUGAUGGAUCUGUGUUCAUCGAUUGCUAAAGAAAUGCUGAAAUGCUAUCUGUUAACUGGAGGUCUUUACUGCAGUUGUAAUCGUUGUGUUAAAAGAAGAUGAUCUCAUACAAAGUUUAUAGUUGUCAUUGCAGUUGUUAUACAACCUACCGUAAAAGUCUUUCUUCCAUUUUUCGUUCUUACAAUCGCUAACGGAUCUGUUACCUUUGUGUCCAGGUUGUUUCUGGAACCAGUUACAAGUUUAUCCUUGAGGUCACGCAAGGGUCAAAGGUAAGUGGACUUAAAUAAGCACAGCUAGAAUUUAUCUUAAGGGUUUUAUUCGAUUGCUUUUGAAAUCUUACACAUAGUUUUGUUAUAUUGUUCAGUUAUAUUAUUCAGUUAUAUUGUUCAUUUAUAGUAUUCAGUUAUAUUGUUCAGUUAUAUUGUUCAGUUAUAUUAUUCAGUUAUAUUAUUCAGUUAUAUUAUUCAGUUAUAUGGUUCAGUUAUAUUAUUCAGUUAUAUGGUUCAGUUAUAUUAUUCAGUUAUACUGUUCAGUUAUAUUAUUCAGUUAUAUUGUUCAUUUAUAGUAUUCAGUUAUAUUAUUCAGUUAUAUUUAUCAGCUAUUUAUUCAGUUAUUUAUUCAGUUAUAUUAUUCAGCUAUAUUAUUCCCUUGCAUUAUUCACCUAUAUUAUUCAUUUAUAUUAUUCAGUUAUAUAAUUGAGUUAUAUUUCUUUAGUUUUAUUAUUCAGUUAUAUUAAUCAUUUAUAUUAUUCAGAUGUAUUAUUCAGAGUGCCAAUUCAGCAUUGGGCCAUGGCACUACUCACUUUACGAAGUCCAUCUUCGCUAGAAAAUAACGGUGUUUAUAUUCCUCCAGCGCACGUUUUCCAAAAUUGUUCUUAUAUUGUGUACCCCUACAAAUUGUUCUUAUAUUGUGUACCCCUACAAAUUGUUCUUAUAUUGUGUACCCCUACAAAUUGUUCUUAUAUUGUGUACCCCUACAAAUUGUUCUUAUAUUGUGUACCCCUACAAAUUGUUUCACUAAGUCUCAAACCCCUAAAAAGUUACAAUGGAAUUUAAAAUGGUGUCACCCGGUGCAGUAAACUCAUGGUGUUACUUGGUGGAGUAAACUCAUAGAGUCACCCGGUGCAGUAAACUCAUGGUGUCACCCGGUGCAGUAAACUUAUGGUGUCACCCGGUGCAGUAAACUCAUGGUGUCACCCGGUGCAGUGAAUUCAUGGGGUCACCCGGUGCAGCAAACUCAUGGUGUCACCCGGUGCAGUAAACUCGUGCUUUCACCCGGUGCAGUAAACUCAUGGUGUCACCCGGAGCAGUAAACUCAUGGUGUCACCCGGUGCAGUAAACUCGUGCUUUCACGCGGUGCAGUAAACUCAUGGUGUCACCCGUAGGAGUAAACUCAUGGUGUCACCCGGUGCAGUAAACUCAGGGUGUCACCCGUUGCAGUAAACUCAUGGUGUCACCCGGUGCAGUAAACUCAUGGUGUCACCCGAUGCAGUAAACUCAUGGUGUCACCCGUUUCAGUAAACUCAUGGUGUCAUCAGGUGCAGUAAACUCAUGGUGUCACCCGGUGCAGUAAACUUAUGGUGUCACCCGGUGCAGUAGUGUCACCCGGUGCAGUAAACUCAUGGUGUCACCCGGUGCAGUAAACUCAUGGUGUCACCCGGUGCAGUAAACUCAUGGUGUCACCCGGUGCAGUGAAUUCAUGGGGUCACCCCUUGCAGCAAACUUAUGGUGUCACCCGGUGCAGUAAACUCAUGGUGUGACCCGGUGCAGUAAACUCAUGGUGUCACCCGGUGGAGUAAACUCAUGGUGUCACCUGGUGCAGUAAACUCAUGGUGUCACCCGGUGGAGUAAACUCAUGGUGUCACCCGGUGCAGUAAACUCAUGGUGUUACUCGGUGGAGUAAACUCAUAGAAUCACCCGGUGCAGUAAACUCAUGGUGUCACCCGGUGCAGUAAACUUAUGGUGUCACCCGGUGCAGUAAACUCAUAUUGUCACACACCCCCCUGCCUCCCUGAUGGAAUUCUUCUUGUUAAAAUUAGUCCAAAAUGACAUAAACAAAAAAACAAACAAAUUAAUUCACGGCCAGUAGGCGUAUUUAUUUAAGAACUGUAACAACGAAAAGUUAGGCUUAUUUUUACACUAAGUUUAAAAUGUUCCUUUUCUUGUCUUCAAAGCCAUAAAUCCUUCAAUCACUUGAUCAUAAUCAAUAUCCUUCAUAGUAUCACUUUCAAUUAAUAGUAGAGCCCAAUCAGAAAUCCUUGACUAUCCCAUCGAGGAUCGUAAAUAGUUCUUGAUGCUAUUCAGUUUUGAAAAGAUCCGAUCACAUGAACCUACAGACACACAGAUCGUAACAAACGAUUAACGGCUUUGCGAGAGUAUUUAAGGAGAUUCUAGGAGGUCCUAUGCAGCUAUGAAUUUCAAAACAUCAAAUACUGACCACUCCAUCACUUGGUAAAAUAUAAUAUCAGCUGCCUUUAGGUGUCAUCUAAGCCUUUGUAUUUCUUUUAAAAGUUUGUCAUCUAAUAGAUCAUCAAAGAAAGAGGUUAAUUUUGGAACUGACACCAAUAACUCUUCUUGCUGAUUGCAGAUUCUUGGGUUGAACAGCCCCAAACAUACAUAUCUGCUACUUCCUUGACCGUUUAUGAUCAAAAUGAAAGUGAUCUUCCGCAUUUCCCUACUGUUCUUCUCGCUCAGAGAGUCAAGCAUCUAUUAAUUGUUCUCCUGCUAUUCUCCUCUUAAGCCUUAAUCUUAUCUCUCUACUGAAAAGUGAUUUUAAAAGUGCCUUUUCCAUAGCAUGUUCUACCGAGUGACAGUUUUUUUACGCACUGACUUGUAUUGGGAGAAAUUAAUCUCCUAUUUUAAUUUUAAUUUGGCUCGUUGUAAACAGUGCCUAACAAAGGACGAUACCAUAGAGUCAACAAUAUUAAAGAUACGACCCAAAACAGUUUCUAGUUACAAUUAAUUAAGAUUUAUUAAUUCUUAAGAUAAUUACAAAAGAAAAGAAAAUAUAAUUACAAUCUUCAACUUACAGUAUGGUAGAUCUUGUACCGGUACACAGUUAACACAGUUAGAAUAAUGUGCCAAUGAAUAAUGCGAAAUAAACAAAUACACAAAGAAUAAAACACGCCUCGUAAAGUUAAUAAAAUCUAUCUAAAUCUCCGUCUCUUCGUAUCUGUCAAUCCUUUAUAUACAUGUAGCGUAAGACGCUUCCAGAAGGACCUAUAACGUGUUGUUUACAUAUCUCGGGUUAAGGAGUACAUUCGAGAAGUACCCGGAGACAUUCUACCCAAUGCGUAAUUGGAAGCCGAUUGUAAACAAGCUACAUCAAAGAGAUUUAGCCACGCCCACAGCAGACGUUACUGUCUGCUAGGAGUGUACUACGAGGUCGAGGAAAGUUCACGCACAGGCAAUUGUGCUACAUAACACAGUGCUUCUCGAGCAGAAACAAUAUUAAAAACUUGGUCACCACUUUAUCAAGAAUAAAGCCUUUAGUGUGCAGUUACUGCUGUGUAAUAAAGAUUAACUUCUUUACGUAGAUCAGCCCAAAGUUAAAGGUAGCAGAUAAGCCAUCAAUACCAGACAGCGUGUAAAAGACCUUGUGCUUAACCUCUUGUAUUCACUUUUUCAAGAGGAUCACAUUGACUAUAAAGCCCCAAUCGUCACCCCACAUUAAUUAAACUUAUCUUUCACCGUUUUAACAGCAGCAUGAUAAGAACUCCAACCUGUUGUUGACAGACUUUUCACCAAUAUUCUAAUUUGUUCAAUUUGGAUAGGAUACAUGUAGAGGCCGACCGAAUUUCGGCUUCGGCUUCGGUUUCGGCGCCGAAAGUGGCCAUAUUAUCACUUUCGGCCAAGUUUCGGUUUCGGCCGAAACUGAAAAGUUAACUUUCGGCUUAAUUUCGGUUUCGGCUGAAAGAGAAAAGUUAAUUUUCGGUUUUUCUUCGGUUUCAGCCGAAAUUGACUUAGACUUUCGGCCAUCCGGCCGAAAGUGACUCAGGUUUUUGGUCAUCUAAUACUCAGUGAAAGCGAUAUUUAACAACACACUAAGCGACAUUUAAGAACAAACUAAACGAUCUUUAAAACAAACUAAGCGAUCUUUAAGAACAUCUAAGCGAUCUUUAAUAACAAACUAAACGACCUCAAAGAACAAAAUAAACGAUUUUUAAGACCGAACUAAAUUAUCUUUAAGAACAAAACAAAUGAUCUUUAAUAGUAAACUAAAUGAUUUAUAAGAAUAAACUAAGCGAUCUUUAACAGAAAACUAAAUGCUCUUUAGGAACAAACUAAAAGAUCUUUAAGAACAAACUAAUUGAUCUUAAGGAAAAAAUCAAUUAUCUUUAACAACAAACUAUGGGAUCUUUAUGAACAAACUAAGCGAUCUUUAACAACAAACUAAUCGAUCUUUAACAACAAACUAAGCAAUUUUUAUGAACUAACUAAACGAUCUUUAAGAACAAAUAAAGUGAUCAUUAACAAAAACUGGACGAUCUUUAACAACAAACUAAGCGAUCUUUAAGAAAAAACUAAAGGAUCUUUAACAAUAAACUAGGCGAUCUUUAUGAACAAACUAACCAAUCUUUAAGUAAAAUAAAGCGAUCAUUAACAAAAACUGGACGAACUUUAACAAAAAACUAAGCGAUCUUUAAGAACAAACUCACGAUCUUUAAGAACAAACUAACCGAUCAAUAGCAAGCAACUAACGAUCUUUAACAAAAAACUAAACCAUCUUUAAAAACAAAUAAAGCGACCUUUCAGAACCAAUUAAGCGAUCUUUUAGAACCAUAUCAGAACAACAAUUUUUAGAGACCCGGUUUAAAAAAAUAAUAUUUUUCAUUAAUUUGCCCCCCCCCCCACCCCCCAUUUUUUUUGGCCAAAUUUUAUCUUACCAUACUAAUUUUAAAAAAUUGUAAAGCAAUUUAAAUUACUUUUAUAUUAAAAUGGUAAAAUCCAAGGUAUUCAUUAGAUCAAGGGUCUCAAACUCAAAUCAUCAGGGGGGCCGCAGGAGUUAGUGUCUGAAUGAGCCUGGGCCGCAUCAAGAAAUCCACAAAAAGCGAUUACAACUGUUACAAUCUGCUCAACCUUUAUAAAUAACAAUAAAAUCAUUAAGGGUUCUCAAGAACUAGGAUUCACUUUCAUCCACCUACUCACUGUUGUAUACAAAAAUAUAUAAAAACAUUUUUAAAAAAAAAUCAGAAUUAGACUAGUUGGUGAGAUUCGACUGAAACCGUCGCGGAGUCAUGUUAUAGAUAUGAGAAUGGGGGAAACGGGCCGGCGCAUUAACGCUAAGCUUUUCUGUCAUGUAGCGGGCCGCAAAAUAUCGUCUUGCGGGUCACAAAUGAGUUUGCGGGCCGCGAGUUUGAGACCCCUAUAUUAGAAGUUUAUUUAUUAAUAUUCACGAUUAUCUCAUUUUUUAUAAAAAGAAUGUAAAAAAUGAAUACUUUCCCACAUCAUUUUCGAUGUAUGCAGAAUGUAUGCGGGAACGAAUUUCAAAAUAUCUUAAUAUUUCAUUUUCGGUUUCGGCUUCGGUUUCGGCCGAAAUUCAUUUUUAACUUUCGGCAUUUUUUCGGUUUCGGCCGAAAGUCAUUUUAAUCUUUCGGCAUAUUUUCGGCUUCGGCCGAAAUCAGAAAAUCACUUUCGGUCGGUCUCUAGUUACAUGCGUCGAAAAUUUACGUGUAAUCCUUCAUUCUUUUAUGAAAGUCAUUACGAAUGAGCAUUGCGAGCUGUGCACAAAUGUCAUUUUCCGGUUAGGUGUCAGGCCCGAGAUGGUGUCACCUGGUGUGGCUCUCACCCCCGCAUCCCGCAGCUACGCCGCUGCUCCUUAGGUUGCCGACUUAAAGUAGACACGUUUCUCACAGAAUUUCUGUCUCACGAAUCUUAUUUUUUUUCUGUUAGGGAGUCACUAAGGGAGUGAGGGAGCCACUUAGGCUAAGCCAAUGUCCUACAAUAGGGAGCCACUUAGGCUAAGCCAAUGUCCUACAAUAGGGAGCCACUUAGGCUAAGCCAAUGUCCUACAAUAGGGAGCUACUUAGGCUAAGCCAAUGUCCUACAAUAGGGAGCUACUUAGGCUAAGCCAAUGUCCUACAAUAGGGAGCUACUUAGGCUAAGCCAAUGUCCUACAAUAGGGAGCCACUUAGGCUAAGCCAAUGUCCUACAAUAGGGAGCUACUUAGGCUAAGCCAAUGUCCUACAAUAGGGAGCUACUUAGGCUAAGCCAAUGUCCUACAAUAGGGAGCUACUUAGGCUAAGCCAAUGUCCUACAAUAGGACAGCUACUUAGGCUAAGCCAAUGUCCUACAAUAGGACAGCUACUUAGGCUAAGCCAAUGUCCUACAAUAGGACAGCUACUUAGGACCAAAAUAUGUCCCUCGAGAUGGAGCCACCGUGACCCACCUUUUAACUUACCGGUUAAUGAUCAUGAUAUAAUUUUUUCCUAGAGCGUCCCCGGAGCACCUGAACAGUGGGGCUAGCGGAGCAGGGAUUGAAAACCACUCUUCUUAUCGGAACCGACAAUUAGUACAAGGAUUUUUAAAAGCAUUUCUUUUUAGGCAACAAUGUUACGGUUUUAUAAUUUCUGUUGUCCAUUUUUGGCCGGGGGCCCCGAAAAUAGGUUUUUUUUUCUGAUACGAGCUCUAUAAAUUGUUGUUAUAAAAAUAUCGGUGGGAUAAAACUAACAAUGUCCAAUCCAUUCGAGGCAAAUCUAGAAUUUUCUAGAAAGUUCGAUAAUUUAAAAAAAGCUAUAUGUAUGGCAUUUUUUAAAACCGAUUUAAUGGGACAAGUUUUAAAUUUUAACAUUUUAGCUUUAUUAUUUAACCGAACGUUUUUUUAUAGGCCCCCCACCCCCAAACUUAGGCAAACUAAAUUGGUCCAAUUAUUGAAUGGGCCCCCAACGCAGUACCUAAUCCAACUUAAAUGUAGUAUAGUUAUAGCAGUACAUUUAGUUGUAUAAUUUUUCUUGCUAGAAAAGUAAUUACGUAGAAAAUUGUUUCCACGUUUUAUUGGGGAUAUUAAAUUUAAUCUAGAAUGUUCCAGAAAUGUCUGUAUUUAUCUACGGGGUUAGAAAACGGGCUUUAAAGCUCAUUGAAAUGUUAAGUCGAUCCAAUAGUAAACUGAAUUCACUGGUAAUGGGAUCAACCCGUUACUCAGUGAAGUGGAUCCCACUGGCAAACUGGAUGCUACCGAGAUUGGGAUCCUAGCGGAAUCGGGAUCAAAUCAGGGUCGAGUUCCCCAAAGGCAUCGGAAUAUUUACAGGAUCAGAAACACACCUACAUCGGGAUUCCACUGGGAUACGGAUACCACCGGGAUCAGAAUACAGACGGGAUCAGGAACCCACUGGAAUUGGGAUCCAGAGGGAUCAGAAUCCCACCAGAAAAAGGGUUUCUUAAGAAAUUGGGAUGCUAAAGGUCCCACCUGGAUCGGGAUACUUUCGGGAAACUCGAUCCCACCCGGAUCCGGAUCCCACUAGUAGUCGAGAUCGCGAUCCCACCGGUAUCAGGAUCGGGAUUCCAUCGAAAUGGGGAUCCCAUCAGUAUUGAUAUCCAACUGGGAUUGGGAUCCAAACGGGGUCGGGAUCAAUCUGGAUAACGUUAUGAACUCGGAAAACGGGAUCCCAUCGGCAUACGGGUUCAGAUUGGAAUCCUUCUUUGAUCGAUGUCUUAUCGGGGAACGAAAUGUGUACAAAAGUUAUUUUAAAUGUGUUUUUAUAGGAGACAAAUUAUUGUAAUUUUUUGUUUACUGUAGAGAUGUUUUGCUUUUUUUUUUUGACAUGGCACUUAAUUUCAUUGUUAAUUAAAAGGCUGUAGAAGUUGUUCUUUCGAAUGCAAUCCCGUACAACAAAGGGUAUAUGGGCCAGUAUAUAUAUAUAUAUAUAUAUAUAUAUAUAUAUAUAUAUAUAUAUAUAUAUAUUAGCAUCCUGUUCCCAGUAGGAUUUUUUCCAGGUGGUACUACGAAGGGGAUAUGUGGAGAAAAUCCCCAUGAAGUAUAGAAAAGAAUAAAGCUAAACUAAUAGUUUAAUGAGCUUUUUUUAAACGCCAUUAUAUAUCGCCGUAGAACAAAAUAGAACUUUCUGAAAAAUUCUACAUUUCAUUGAAUAUCCUCAUCGAAGCGUGUAAACAUGAAUUUUCUAUGACAUGACGUAAAAUUAUUCUACAAUUAAGGGCACUAUUAUAGCUCUAGGACAUUUAAGUUGAACUAUACCGAUUUAGUUUUGCCUGAAAUAAGGGGCCCUAUAUAAAUCAGUCAGAUAAAUAAACUUUUAAUUUUAAAGUUGUCCCAUUAAAAUCGGUUUAAUAACAAUAAAGCAAUUUAAAAAUAAAGAACUUUUGGAAAAUUCUAGAAGGAAAUUCUUAGUUUUAAAUCCACCGACAUUUCAUUACGGACAAUGAAAUGGAUUGCUACCAAGCGAGGCCUAGAUCCGGCAAUUCAACAUAGAACCUCUAGUGCUGUCUAAGCCAAUUGAUAUUUAUAGAGCUUAUAAAAGAAAAAAUGACAUGGGGGUCCACGGCGACAGAGGAAUGGAUAUUAUGCGUUCAGUACCCUUCCGUAUUUGAAUAUGGCUAAUCAAGUGUAUGCGUACUAAGUUUGGUCAAGAUCCAUUCAUUUAUGCAGGAGUAUUUGUUGUUAAUUCUAUUUCUAUAGCUCAUAUGAGAAAAAAUUACGAACUCAUGUCUAUUUUUUCAUGAAUUUUGUCCCCCGUCCCCCCCCCCCCCCCUUUUCAUUAAUUUUUUCCCCCCCCCCCCCCCCCCCCCAUGAACAUUUUCUCUUACAAACUUCUUAAAAAUACAUUUCAACAACUUUACUUUUUAAUUCAAGUGGUAAAAGCCAAAUUUUUCAUUUGUUGUUAAUCCAUUAAAAUUCAAGGUAAUCGCAUGUUCAAUUAAAAAAAUAUAAAUAUCGAUGCUUAACCAUAUCGUUUUUCGAUGUAAGGAAGGCGUAAGCGCGACCUGUUUCAAAAUAGCUAAAUUUUUCGGUUUCGGCCAAAAAUCGUAUAAAGCUUUUCGUUUCGGCUUCGGUUUAGUCCGAAAGUCUCGUUAAGCUUUUGGUUUCUGCUUCGGUUUCGGCCUCGUUAAGCUUUAGAUUUCGGGUUCGGCCGACAUCAGAAAAUCUCGGUCGGCCCUUACUUCAAUGUCUGAUUACUUUCUGCCAUUUGUCAAUACGGCCUGACAUGAGUCCUUACUGCUGACAAAAUAUGUUUCUGUACGUAAGUAUCAUAUUACUGAUACUGACGACUGUUGAAAUGUCAUAUGAAAAUUUUAAAUUAUUUUUCCCCUUUCUUCCCAUCAUUUCCUUUUCAUUGACGACUGACAUAUCAUCGACCCGGUCUGUCAGGUGGAAAGCUGUGCGGUUGGGGUUUGGUCAAGGUCAUUGCUCUCUGGAGAUGAAGAAAUUACAGUAUACAGUGACCCGGUCUGUUCACAAGUUAAUGAUACAAUCGGUGAGCCUGCAUACUAUUUAUACACACUAAGAUAUAUAGAUAGAUCUAAUUCAUAUAUAUAUAUAUAUAUAUAUAUAUAUAUAUAUAUAUGUUUAUUUAUAUAUAUAUAUUUAUAUUAUUUAUACACACUAAGAUAUAUAUAUAGAUAUAAUUCAUAUAUAUAUAUAUAUAUAUAUAUAUAUAUAUAUAUAUGUUUAUUUAUAUUUAUAUAUUCAUAUUCUUACUAUGUGACCGGCUUUGCCUACGAUUACAUUGAGUCAAGUCUAAUGUAACAGUCUUGUCCAUAAGGUUUCAUAAAAUGUGUUAUUCGAGAGGGGCCUAUAAAAAUCAUUUGAUACAUUUUCAAGGUAAUUUUGAAAAAUUAAGUAAGGUGUCAUCAUGAAAGUUACUUAAUUAGCCCCUUUCAAUAUCCUUGCCUGGUGCAUCCUGUGCAUAGGGCGCCAUCAAUGAUCUUCCAAAAUAAUACAAAGCAUUGCAUGUGGGCACCAUCUAAGAAAAAUAGAGAGUGCAAUCAAAAGAUUUGCCGAUCUAAAGACUGAAACACAUGUCAUCGGUAGGCUAGUUGAUCAUAGUGCCCACGGUAGGCUAACUGAUCAUAGUGCCCACGGUGGGCUAACUGAUCAUACUGCCCACGGUGGGCUAACUGAUCAUACUGCCCACGUUGGGCUAACUGAUCAUAGUGCCCACGGUGGGCUAACUGAUAAUAGUGCCCACAGUAGACUAAUUAUUGUUCAUACUGUCCAAAGACAUUUUACUCAUUACCAAACCAUAGUUUUUUUUCAAGCAAGAAUUUAUUAUGAUUAAACUUUGAAGAGGCGCCAAAGUUGAACUUGCCCGGGGCGCCAAAGUUAAGCUUGCCCAGGGUGCCAGAAAGCAUAGGACCGGCUCUGCGCCUAAAAUUUGUAUAUCGGUUAAAUGAAGAGCUGGGCCAAUCACAAUUAGUUACACAAAUAAUCACUCAAAGAAGAGCCCUAUCGAAACCCUUAAGACCAAUAGUAAGCUAGCCUUUUAAAGUGUAAAAUGAUUAAGUGGCCCUGGUGUUAGAAAUAUAAAUUGGUUGACAAAAUUAUUGCUGAAAAGGGAGGGGUUGGGGAUGGUAACUGCUAACCUUCAAAAGUUGUCAUAUUAGAAUUCUAUGCAAAUACAAGAUGCUUUAGUCUUUUCAAAUUUAAAAUGCCCCCCCCCCACGGGAAAUGGACAUAACAUAUACCAAAACUAUCAUUUAAAUUGGGGCCUUAUUAAAAUCCUUUCAAAAAAUAUUCAAGUUUACUUUGUAAAAUCGUCUCAUUAAUAAAGGUAAACAAUUUCAGAAAUAUUACUAAUUUGAUUAUUGAAAUUGGGAGACAAUGUUAUUUUCAGGGAAAUAGAUAAGAAAGAGUCUAAAAGCCAACUUUAUCACGAUAACUUAAGUGUAGGCUAGAAUUUUGGCCAGUAUUGGACAAUCAUCCCAGAAGGUCGCGUAAGCCCUGCCUUCCUGAAAGACUUAUGACGUUUCUAGAACAAUCACAAUCAUUCUAGAAAAUACUAUUUGGAACAGAUUAAUUAUUUUUAGUGGCUGUUGGCAUCAACACGACAGAUAAAAAGACUAAGCCACACCCAUGUAUGAACACAGCGUCUCAUGCGGGGUCAAUCAGAGUGCACGCACGAGAAAAAUUAUGUAAACAAGCUCUAUAUAAUAUAAAUACAGUGGCGUAGUGAGGGGGGUGCGGACUGCACCGGGUGACACCAUUUUAGGGGUGACACACAAUUGAAAAAUUGCAUAUUUACAGCGCAAUCUGAGCACACACAACCGAGAUUCAUACAAGUAUAACCGAUCACACUUACAUUUUUCAUACAAGUAUAACCGAUCACACUUACAUUUUUCAUACAAGUAUAACCGAUCACACUUACAUUUUUCAUACAAGUAUAACCGAUCACACUUACAUUUUUCAUAAAUGUAACCUAUCCAAAGACAUGGAUGGUUUGGUGAUAAUGUUGAUUCAAACCAUGAUACUGUACGUGUAAUGGUUAAUGACAACAACUGGCACAUUUUAAAAGAUGCACUAGAUACGUACCUCAUAUACCUUUGGGGAAAUUUUUUCGGUCUGAACCUAUUAAAAUAUGAAGCACCUCGUUUCAGAACAAGGACGGACUAUUCAGCGUAGUGACAAGGCUAAAUGCGAAAUCUAAAUGAGGUGUUUGCCAGCUAAAACAAAUCAAUGGAUCUAAGGGAUGAUUCAAAAUGGGAGGAAAAUACUGCGGUCGUGGAUGGUUUAUUCACUCGUCAGUCAGAAGUUGUAUUGUUUUUCCUGCAGAUUGUUUGCUGUUAUUGUUACAGAAACAACAUCCACAUUUGUUACUGGCUUUCAUAAGUAGUGGAAACUGAGCCAAAAUUACAAAAUCAUGAGGCAUUGGAAGAGCCCCUUGUGGCCUUGAAAAGUUGAAAGCAUUGGCAGCAGAACUUAGGAUACACAAAACAACUGAUGCCGAAAGUAUUGCUGUGAUGGGCAGGGAGAAGAAAAAGUGGAGGGAUAUCCUGCGCAGGUUGCUGGAUAUCACAUUGUUUCUUGCAAAACAAAAUCUUGCCUUUCGUGUCCACAACUAAGUUGAGUCUUUACUUCAUUUUUCUUGAAAUGGUUGACAUGUUAUCUAAAUAUGACCCAGUGCUAAAAGAGCACCAAAUGAGACUAAAGACGAGUACAUCUACAGAAAAAGCAUCCGCAUCUUACCUUACACAAGAAACCCAAAAUGAUUUUAAAAAUGUCCUCGCACAUCAUGUGAAUUAGAUUCUUUUCAAGGAUUUAAAGGCUGCAAGGUAUUUUGAAAUUAUGUUCGAAAGUACACCUGAAAUAUCACACAGUGAUCAGAUGUCCGAAGUGAUCAGAUAUGUGAAAAUCAAUAAUGGGAAAGUUGAAGUGAGAGAUGUGUUCUUGCAUUUUUCCCCUUAAGAGGGGAAAAAGCUGAUGACCUCAGCUCUGAAAUUCUUAAAAAUCUAAAACUUUCUAGACUAGAAAUGAUGUUUAGAGCUCAAGGUUACGAUAAUGCUGCCACAAUGUCUGGAAUCCAUGGAGGUGUUGAGGCCAUUAUGAAAAGAAAUAUUAAAAGAAUGCAAUUUUUAAUAUAUGUGUGGGCAAUUCACUUAACUUGUGUGGUCAACACUCUUUUGCAGAAAAUGCUUCAUGUAUUACAUUUUUCGAUACUCUUGAAAGAAUAGUUUCCUUGUUUGCUGCAUCCACUCAUCGAUGGAAUGUUCUAAUUGAACACACCACUGGGAUGUCGGUGAAAAGACUGUCGAUAAGAGUUGGAGAGCUCAUCAUGCUGCUGUUAAAACAGUGAAAGAUGAGUUUGAUGAAUGUGCGGCGGUGAUUGAAGCUCUGUGUAAUCCUCUUGAAUAUUCAGAUACAAAAGGUACAGCACACGGUCUUUUGCAUGCUGUCUGUGAUUUCACGUUUAUAUGCUACCUUUACCUUUGGGCUGAUCUACUCGAGGAAGUUAAUCUUACACAGCAGUAUCUGCAGACUAAAGGCAUUACUCUUGACAAAGUGGUGAGAAAUCUAGAGGCCUAAAAAUUCUCCACGUGAAGCGCCGUCACUUGGUGUAACAUGCUAUUGAAAAAGCACUUUUAAAAUCAGACCAAUAUGGAAUUUCGGUAGAGAGAAGAAUAAGGUUGAAGAAGCGAAUGGCAGGAGAACAAUUAAUUGAUGCUGGACUCUUUCUGCGAGAAGAAAACAGUAGGGAGAUCCUGGCUUGUAUUGAUUGCUUUCAUUCUGAAUGCCAGAUCAGAUCAUUAGCGAUCAAGGAAAUAGCAGAUAUGUUUGGUACUGUUUGACACAAGAGUCUAGUAUCAGCAAGUGAAGAAGGGUUAUCGGUUUCCGUUCCAAAAUUAACCUCUUUCUAUGAUGACUCAUUAGAAGAUGAAUUUUUAAAAGAAAUACCAAAGCCUAGAAGAGAUCUAAAGGCAGCUGAUAUUGAAUUUCACAAAUUCAAGGACUGGUCAGUAUUUGAUGUUUUGAAAUUCAUAACUGAAUGGGACCUCCUAGAAUCUCCUCCAAUACUCACGCUAAGCUUUUAAUUUUUUUCUUACAAUAUUUGUCUAUGUGGCUUCUUGCGCCCGGAGCUUAUCAAAACUAAGCUUAUCAAGAAAUAUUUAUGAUCCACCAUGGGAAAGUCUAGGCUUUCUGAUGCGGCUCUGCUAUUAAUUGGAAUUGAUACAGUGAAUGAAAUUGAUUUCGAUCAAGUGAUUGACAGGUUUGCAGCUUUGAAGACACGGAAAGGACAAUUUGAAAUAAAGUAAAUUGAAUGUAAAAAUAACUAUAACUUAACGUUGUUGCAGAUUUAAAGAUAUUGACCUCAUGACCUUCGAUGUAUCUGAUUUUGUUCUUGUCAUUGUUAUACAGUGUAUUUAUUUUAACAAGUAGAAAUCCAUCAUUGAAGUUGUUUUUGUUUUUGUUUUUUUUUUGGGGGGGGAGGGUGACACCGUGAGUUUACCGCACCGGGUGACACCAACCCUAGAUACGCCACUGUAUAUAUAUAUACAUUUCUGAAAGCACUACCUUUCGAACGUCAUCAACACAAACUAUAGCAACACAUUUUCUCAAUUAAUCUCAACACCAAAACAUGCUCACUUAAAGGGGAAAAUGGUGGGGUUGGGGUGGGGGGGGGGCUAGGUGACACCAUUAAUUAACCACAACGGGUAACACAAAACGUAGUGACGCCUCUGUUCCGGAGGACAUUGCCAACCCCAGAGACAUGCCAGAAAGGAACACGGCUUCCGUAAGUGUUAAUUCCAAGCCUUGCAAUGGACUGGUUUUUUUAGGGGGUUUUUUUGGUGUUAUAAAAAAAUAAACCAUAAUUUGACUGAAAAAAAUAAACCAUAAUCUGACUGAAAAAAAUAAACCAUAAUUUGACUGAAAAAAAUAAACCAUAAUUUGACUGAAAAAAAUAAACCAUAAUUUGACUGAAAAGAAUAAACCAUAAUCUGACUGACAAAUCAACUUUUCAACAUCUAAUUAACAAAAGGGCAACGUGGAGUCAAUGUUGGAGGGGAAUCCCCAGCAGACGUCAAUGACCCUGAAGUACAGAAGGCCCUUGCUUUUGCUGGGAAAAAUUACAACGCCAUUAGCGACUAUGCUUUUAUACUCAAAGUUGUCAGUGUGUCUAAAGUAACGAAACAG